CACACUUCUCCCGCCCGCCCAUUCACUACGCAACGCCCAAUUAUUCGACCGGGCAGUAGUUAUAUAACAUCGGACAAACAUUGCGUUCCGGCCCAGAAUGCCCGCUGAGUCGCCAUAAUGGCCGCGACCGCAGACCCUCUCGACCCUCGCGUGUCCUCGCCCUUGACGACGCCUGCUCCCACAAUGACGACCUAUCUCCCCAACAGCUCGGCGCAACCACCCAUGCCAAUGACCCCUCCUGCAGAAGAUGCCGACGAGGAGCCUGCCACCGAACCUUGCCGAGCUAGCAGCCCUCCCCGCGGUCGCGCGCAGACUUCGCCUCAAACCCCUUCGACGUCCGAUGGCGAACAAGCAGCCAACAAAGCUCGCAGUCCCAGCAGAACCCUUCGCAAGACGCCUAGUACAGACCACUUCCGCAGGCUCUCUGCCUCUGAAAUGAAGGACCUGGCGGCGUCUCCUGAGUCGCUUCCUGUCGGCCCAGCACCACCGCGCCUCGAAUCUGCUGCCCCGUUUAAGAAUGCAGAUGAGCGUGAGGCUAUACGACAGGCCCUCCUUGCUCGACCGGAAAUCCGGGCCUUUGACGGCUCCAUGGCUAAUGGCCAGGCGCAAUCGGCAUAUGUCUCGAGAUCCAGGGGCUCAAACGACCGCACAUCGUCCUCCAGAACUCUGUCUACACCGCCAUCCACCCGCUCCAAACGAUAUGAUAACCAUGAUGAUUCGUCUCCGCCACGCCGAUUCUCCCUCCACCCAGCUUCUCGACCAACACCUCUGAAUCUUGACCAGAUGAGAAGUGAGCCACGUUUAAAGGCUAGCAUCAUCUCGCCGGCCCCUAAGACGGGCCCGCCAGCCCUCUCAUCGUCUGGUCAAGAUGGCGGAAUCCGACCACCGUCCCCCAUGCCAACUAUUAUACCACUUCCUCCCAUGUCCAUCCCUACACAUUUACAGCUUGAAUUGGCUGCGCAGCGCCCAAGCCCACUGUACAUCCACCACUCCAACGCAACCGAUAUUCCGUACGAGUCUAGCGCCGUCAAGUUUGAGCGUCUUAAGAAUGUCCUGCUCAUCCCGCCGUACCUGGAGCGUACUCUCUACUUUGGAGCAUUGGCCUGUCUAGACGCCUGGCUGCACACAUUUACUAUCUUACCAAUCCGGUUCUUUAUUGCACUUGGGCUGCUCUUUCGAUGGUGGGCCUAUGUCAUUCGCAAAGAGGUCCAAUGGGUUCUCGGAUACGUCUGGUCAGGCAUCGGCCGCCUCUGGGAGCGCGAAAGGACUGGCAGAGCUCCUCAUCAAGGCGAUUCUGUCUACAGUGAUCGAUCACGCAGUCAAAGCCGCGUUAGCGAAUCUUCCCGCAACCCCGAAAUAGACAUUACGAAGCGCCGAUCUCGACCCGGUGGUCCUGAGACCCUUCGCACGCCGACCUCUCUCCGCGAUCCAGGACCCAAGUCGGGUUCGUUCAAACACCGCCGAACCAAGUCGAUUCCAUCUCUACUAUCCCAAUACCACAAGGCUGAUUUGCUACAAGGCGCCGUCAUCAUCUGCAGCUCCAUGGCGCUCAUGACGCUCGACGCCAGCCGAAUGUAUCAUUUUAUCCGUGCCCAGUCCGCCAUCAAGCUCUACGUCAUUUACAAUAUCCUCGAAGUAAGCGACCGUCUCUUGUCUGCAUUUGGCCAAGAUAUCUUCGAGUGCCUCUUCAGCGCUGAGACUCUUUCUCGCAACGCCUCAGGCAGAUCCAAGAUUCUGCUACCGCUUGGCAUGUUUAUCAUGGCGCUCGUGUACAACUGCCUGCAUUCUAUAGCCCUGUAUUAUCAAGUCAUUACGCUCAACGUCGCCGUCAACUCAUACUCCAACGCCUUGCUCACCCUGCUGCUCUCCAACCAGUUUGUCGAGAUCAAAAGCACCGUCUUCAAGCGCUUUGAAAAAGACAAUCUCUUCCAACUCACUUGUGCGGAUAUUGUUGAGCGAUUCCAUCUCUGGAUCAUGCUCCUCAUUAUCGGCAUGCGAAACAUUGUGGAAGUCGGUGGCCUCUCCGUUCCUGGUGCGAUGAACGGUGACAACGACGACAUAUCUAGCGGACCGAGACACCACCCGUCAAUCUUGCCUCACAGCUUUACUGUCCUACCCUCAUGGCUUAUUUCGGGAGAAGUCAUCUCACCCUUCCUUAUUGUUCUUGGUAGCGAGAUGCUUGUCGAUACAAUCAAGCACGCCUACGUCACCAAGUUCAACAAUAUCAAGCCCAAAUUCUACGGCAGGAUCCUCGACGUCCUCUGCAAGGAUUACUACACCAACGCCUUCACCACACCAUCAUUGACGAGACGCCUCGGCCUAGCUGUCAUCCCUCUAUCAUGCCUUUUCAUCCGCGCCUCUGUCCAGGCUUACCACAUGUUCCUGUCCACCUACAUCCCUAUGCCGCUACCGCAGUCCACGCAAACCAGCCUUUCACAAGAAUCAGCGACGCCCUCAUCGCCAGCAGUAAUUGCGGCACUGAACCGCUUCGACUCUCUGAUCCGCGACUCGCUAGGCCGUGCCACGUACGGAUACCCAUAUGGAGGUCCACGACCAUGGUAUGCCUGGACAACCGACGACUUCAUCGCCACUCUUACCAUGGUGAUUGUCUUCUUCAUUGUGUUCCUCGUGUUCCUAAUUCUCAAGCUUACCUUGGGCAUGUUGCUUCUUAAGUAUUCACGAAACCGCUACGCCCAGAUGAAGCAAAAAGAACAGCUAGUUGCUCUUGGCAAGCUUGAGCGCGAGUCGUUUGAUGCAAAGGGCCGCCGAGUUGGCGGUAGAGGCGAAAUCGAGGUCACCGAUGACAAGCAGCGCUGGAUCCAUGCAGAUCCAAACGAAGGGCUUCGCGGCAGCAGAGGACCAGGUGGUAAAAGACAAGGCGAUGAUGGCAAAAAGAAGGUCCACGAUGGAGACUUCCAAGGCGUCUUUCGCUAUGAAAUGGUCAAUAAACGCAUCUGGUAGACCAAGCCUCAUAUUUACAAGGUAGCCGUAUGCCAAACAGGCCGACCCCUUCUUUCUUUACCAUUUAAAACUAGACAUGUGUACUCUUAGAGCAAUUAUUAGUUAUUAAUUAUAUGAAUGAAUAAUGUUACAUCAUCAUC